AGACGUCUAUCGCCCUUGUACUAUUCUCCCACCACGUCUUAGCAAAAUGGGAUCGAGAGAUUUGCUAACACCGGUGCUGGGUUUGCUUUUAAUUGUGAAUUAUGUGACUGCUAUCCAAUGGGACUACUAUUUUGGUAAAAAGGAGAGUAACUCUUUUCAAUGUUAUGAAAAGGAGGGCACUAUUCAAAUAUUCUCAUAUCGAAAUUUCUAUCAGAUUCCCGAGCCGCAAGAUGCAGAGAUUUCAUACGUCAGAGUAACGGUGUGGGCACUCAGCCCGCCGAAAGUCGAUUACGAUUGGGAUACUCAAACCGUUUCUAUCAUUUACUCCUUCAUGCAAAUAACAUACAGCACAUUCAAAAUUCAUGCCGAAGCUCUUCCCAUUCUACCUUCCGAUAAAACGGUUCAGGGAGGUGAAUCCUCUCAGAGCCAUGAAGUAAAGAGUUAACGAGGUUAAAAUGUAUUUCAUCUCAUCAGUUUCAUUUAUUGAUGUGCUGACGGAAAGUUUCCAAAAUUCAGAAAUUUUUACAUAAAUAGGAAAAACUUCGGAAACUUUCCAUACUUUUUAUGGACAAUUGUAUGGAUGGAAUCUUUCCAUUUCAUAUAUUUAAAUUACCUUUAGUUUUCGUGAAAUUUUCGUGAAUUUUUCAAGAAACUUACCUAUGAUUUUUUUUUGGAAAGUUUCCGCAACUUGCACAUCACUUAGUUUCAUCAUCUACCUAUCAGCCUUUUAUACGGUAAACCAAUUUGAACCAUAGGCCACUCUAGAACCAUGUCUUAUUGACACCGUGCAUUAUAGGCCAUAGAAGUUACUUUUGACGUAGACUGUGAAAAAAAGGUUCUACUUCUACGUGGUCUAGGAUUUAAGGGUCCC